ACCAAGUACCAACCACUUCAGUUUUGGUGUUUGUUUAUAUAAAUAUGGAUAGUUAUUUUAUUUUUGCAAUUUUGAUUAAUGUUCAAAACACUAUAAAUACGAAAUAUUAAAAAGAGAAAAGGGAUUGCCAUGGAAAAUUUAAGUUUUAGUGAGAAAGUGGAAGAGUACUUUUCGGAGUUAGGGCGAUGGAAAGUGUGGCGUAGUAUAGCACUUGGUCAAGUGCUGUCUCUGCUCUUGAGUGGAAAAUGUAUUUUAACCACUCUUCUUCAGAGUGCUACCUGGCAGUUUCCAACUACAGCUCAGCUGGUUAUUCCAUAUUUAGCACUUUUCAUUUUAUUUACUCCAACUUUGAUCUGUAAUGGUGUUAAUAAGUUAUCAAAAAAAUGGUGGAUUGUUAUCCUGGCCUGUAUCCUUGAUGUGGAGGCUAGCUGGCUUUUGAUUCUAUCACAAAGAUUUACAUCUGUCUUGAGCUGACAGUUGCUAGCAUGUAGCGGUGUUGGUGCUGCAUUGGUUGGCGGAGC